AUGUCGUCCAGCGUACCCGAGUACGAAUCCUACGAUCUCAUCGACAGGUAUCACCUCCACCGCUACCCAGCCCCAGAGCCGCCAACGUCGAAAAAUUGUGGCGUCCCAACGAUCGGAGGAAUUACCACCACCUAUCACACCAGAGUUUCCUAUGGGGGACAUCCGCAACCCCCACCUUACCACUAUGCUCUUCCCAGUGAGGGAGCACCAAACUACCAGAUCUAUGCCACCGACUACUGUGCCGAGGGUCCACCGCAGCAAAUCCGAACAGCCGUUCCCAAUCCCGACUACUACCGAAUGUUUAACUCCUGGUUUGCCUACAGUGGGGAAGGAGUCGGACCGCCACCAUUUAUCAAGCCCGCUUAUGGAAGUCCCAUGCGACCUAACCCCGAUAUGGUCGGGCGUGCUCCAUCCAACGUCAACGCCGCGGCCCGCAAUGCCCACUACGCCAAGCAGUCCAGACAUGUUUCCGCGGAACCAUCACAGUUAUACGCUCAUCGAUACCAAUACUAGGU